UGAUACCCGCGAAAUAUUUUGAAAAGUCGUGCACUCUAAAAAAGCUUUGCAAAUCUGAGAUUCUAAUAAAUUGUUCUUAAAUUACAUUAUAAAAUAUAAAAGAUGAAUACCAAGUCUCAAGCUACGCCGGUUGUGGCUUCGGCUGCAGGAAAAGCUUACAAAAUUCCGAACCGCCUGGGACGCGGUGUACCAGAAGUAAAAGAUGUAUAUUCCAAAAAAUGUUCUUGCAAGAGAGACAAAACUAUUGUUUUCUGCAGAUCUUGUGGCUACUAUUGUAAUGGAAGAAUACGUAUAAAAUGUGAAGUGCAUCCUCGGGUAACUUUCCUUUUGGAUAUAGGAGAAUGUCCACGUUGCCAUUCUUCUAUGUUUUUGGAUGAGUAUUCCGGAAACCUAUGAUGACUUUGUUUUUAAAAGAGAAUAAUUAAUAUCAAUGUUAGUUAUUAAAUAAACAAUGUUGUUGCAUUAAGCAUUAUUUUAUUAUCUAGAACAUUAUUGAUUUAAUGUCUUGUGAUAAAGUUAAUUGUUUAUUGCAACUUACUAUAUUACUUUGUAUGAUACAUUAUGUUAAGAAUUUCAGUUUUAUAUCAUUUAAAUAUGGAUUUAAAUGAAUAAAAUGUUGUUAUUAAGUUGAUUUAUGGUAUUGAUUGCCAGUUUUUUAGUAAAUAUACAUUUGAGAGUUGCUGAGCAAUGUUAAUAAUUAAUGAGACAAUGUUUGUAGUAGCAAAUGUUGAAGCUUCUUCAUAUCUUUUUUUAAUUAUUUUUCUUUCAACAUUUCUUGUUUGGUUUAGUUUGAACCAAGGUUUUGUACUCAUAAAUUCAAUUAUAUGAAUAAAUGUUUACAAAAGGCAUAAAAUUGACAUAUUAUUUACACUGCUAUCUGCUAUAUAUCAAUCUUUGAUAUAAUCACAUCAUUUUACAUAGGAAUAUCAUUAUAUACUGACAAUAAAUUAAAAGUAAUAAAUUUGGGAAAACAUUAAAGAACAUUUAUUAAGUGCUAAUUACAUCUACAUAAACACAAUACUAAUUUACACACAAAUGUUCAUAUAGUGAACCAGCUGGGAACAUCUGUCCUGUGUUUGUUGCGGUCAAUAUAGUUUUGGAAGUUUUUCUUAGCAUCACCCAAAGCUUUCUGUUCCUCUUCUGCAUCAUCCUUUUUAUUGGCAAAUAUGUCGGGAUAUUCAAAUUUCAUAUCUUUUGGCUA